CUCCGCUGUCUACUUUCUUGCCCAAUCUUCAAAUAUCAAAAUCGCAAACUACCCGUUUCAGAAGAAACCAAUAUAAUCACUCUUUCCUGUCCUCUUCCGAUUCAUCAUUUACUAGCCAACACCUUCUCCCCCUCAACGUGGCCGCCUCUCUCCCAGGCCAUAAUGUUUUUCUCUCAGUUUUAGUUACACACGAUUGCCCAUGCUUGAAUCUAUAUGAUCAAAGGAUCAGCUUUUCUUGGAUGAUUAUAAGAUCAAAUGGCUUUUAGUUGCUUUAGAGCUUUUGAAUCCUGUAAAGAUCAUACAGAGGAACAUGCACAAGCAUUAGAGGUUGCAGCCAUCAACGUGAAGCUAUUCUCCUAUAACUCUAUUAGGUCAGCAACCCAGCAUUUUCAUCCAUCAAACAAGAUAGGAGGAGGUGGUUUUGGAGUUGUCUACAAGGGGAUUUUAAGGAAUGGAACUCCUGUUGCUAUCAAAUGCCUGUCUGCCGAGUCGAAGCAAGGGACCAAUGAAUUCUUGACUGAAAUUAAUAUGAUUUCUAAUAUCCAACAUCCCAAUCUUGUUCAGCUGGUUGGGUGUUGCGUCGAGGGCAGUGAUAGAAUGUUGAUCUAUGAAUAUAUGGAGAACAAUAGCAUUGCCAGUGCUUUGCUUAGUUCUAAAGGAAAACGCAUUGUUUUGGAUUGGUCGAAGAGGGCUGCUAUAUGUUUGGGAACAGCGUCUGGUCUAGCGUUUCUUCACGAAGAAGCUGAACCCAACAUUGUCCAUAGAGAUAUAAAGGCUAGUAAUGUUCUUCUUGACGGUAAUCUUCAUCCAAAAAUUGGAGAUUUUGGUCUGGCAAAACUUUUCCCCGACAAUGUCACCCAUGUCAGCACUCGAGUGGCAGGAACAGUAGGAUAUCUUGCUCCCGAGUAUGCCAUGCAAGGAAAACUUACAAAGAAGGCCGAUGUGUAUAGUUUUGGAGUGCUUUUACUAGAAAUCAUUAGCGGGAGAAGUAGUAGCAAGGCGGCUUUUGGCGUGGAUUUACUGAUUCUGGUGGAAUGGACAUGGAAGCUCAAUGAAGAAGGCAGGGUUCUGGAAAUUGUUGACCCAGAAUUGACAGAUUAUCCAGAGGCCGAAGUAAUGCGCUUCAUUAAAGUUGCACUCUUUUGCACCCAAGCAGCUUACCAGCAAAGGCCAAGCAUGAAACAAGUGGUUGAGAUGCUCUCUAAAGAGGUUCGUCUCAACGAGAAAAUAUUGACAAAACCGGGAGUGUAUAGACUGCAUAACUCUCGAAAGGCAGGUUUUGGGAGUCUGCAGACUUCGUCUUCCCAUCUGAAGAAGGGCAAUCAGUCUGUCAAUCCUUUCGCAACAUCAGCCCAGUUCGAUAGUUUUCAGAGCGCAACACAAAUGCUUCCAAGAUAAUGCUUCUUUUGUCUCUUCCUCUUCUUGGUGCUUUCUAUUCUUUCUCCAUGUAAAUUUCCCUUUUACUAACCCAGAAUGUAAAAAAUAGUGGGAAUCUCUUGUAUUAGGAGACCCGUUAUCAAUCUUAAACGAAAAUAGUCAUACUUGUAGUAGUUGGGAAGAAAAGAAGUUCCCCUUCUCUUGUAGAAUUGCCAUGUUUCACUGUAUCAAUGGCAACUGUAUACUUGCUAACCCAGAA